AUGUCGGAGACUGUCCAUCGCGUAGUCGUUGUUACCGGAGCAUCUCGCGGUGUUGGUUUAGAAUGGGUUCGCCAGCUGAACAAGAAAGCUGGUACGCUCAUUGUCGCGAUCGUCCGCGAUCCAAACAAGGCGUCAUCACUUCAACCUCUGUUGAGCAGCAGUGUCGUCGCAGUGCAGGGAGACCUGUCUGAUAUCGAAUCGUUCUCGGCACUGACUUCCAGGAUUUCGAAAGUCACAGAUGGCAAGGUUGACGUUCUAAUCAACAACGCUGGCAUCAUGACAGGAGCGGGCGCGGAUAGCAAUCUCGGAAUAUCGAAGUCUACUGUGGGUGAAUGGCAAGAGCAGUUCCAUGUCAAUGUGACUAACCCAGUGUUCUUGACUACAUCACUGCUUCCUUUGCUGAGGAAUGGGCGUGAGAAGAAGGUAGUCAACAUCGCUUCGUUCUUCGGAGACACCGAGUGGAGUCUUGCGCAUCCUGAGCUGCAGAAUGCUUCCUAUUCAGUCACCAAGGCCGCGAUUACCAUGGCUACGAUCAAAUUUCACAACGAAUUACGAGAGGAGGGCUUCACGUUCCUUGCCUUGAACCCAGGGUGGGUAACAACAGAUAUGGGCGGAUCAUAUGCUGCUUUGACCCCCGAAAGCUCGAUCUCUCAAUGUUUGAGCUUUGUCAAUCGAAGCACGACUAAGGAUAGUGGUGGAUACUACUCUCUUGAUGGACGCAAGGAGGGAGUCACGAAUUGA